AUGAAGAUGUUGUUGCCAUGGGAACUGUUAAUCCUUCUGUCACUCAAAGAGUGCCUUGCUGAGAAUACACGUCACGGUCCUGUCUUCACCCAGGAGCCCAGUGAUAGUAUUUUCCCAAUGAGCACUGGUGAUAAGCAAGUGUUUAUUAAUUGCAAGGCAAAGGGGAACCCGCCUCCGCAUUAUAGGUGGAAAGUGGAUGGGAAAGAUAUAAACACAGACUCAGAUCUGAACUACAGCCUUGUGGAGGGGAACCUGUUGAUCAAUAACCCUCAUGUCAUCAAUCACGGAGGAGUGUAUCAGUGCAUCGCCGCCAAUACGUUUGGGACGGUCGUCAGCAGGGAGGCCAAAGUCCAGUUUGCAUUUCUGCAGAACUUCAGCAGGAAGUCAAGGAACACGGUGUCGGUGAGGGAGGGUCAAGCCGUGGUUCUGCUCUGCGGUCCGCCACCCCAUUACGGAGAGAUCAAAUAUUCAUGGGUUUUCAACGGACAGCGCAGCUUCCUGCAACAGGACGCCCGUCGUUUUAUCUCUCAGAAGACGGGCAACUUGUACAUAGCCAAAGUUGAAGCCUCCGACGCGGGAAACUACACGUGUGCAGUGAGAAACAUGAUGACCAACGCCACAGUGUUCAGCUCUCCGACCCCCGUGGUGGUGAGGAGGGACGCAGUGAUGGGCGAAUACGAGCCAAAGAUCGAGGUUCAGUUUCCCGACACCCUUCACGUCUCCAAAGGAUCAUCAGUGAAGCUGGAAUGCUUCGCCUUAGGAAACCCUGUGCCUUCCAUCUCAUGGAGAAGAGCUGAUGGAAACCCACUCCCUGGCAAGAUUAAAAUCAACCACUCCAGCGGGGUUCUGGAAAUUCCAUAUUUUCGCCCAGAGGAUGCCGGCGUGUACGAGUGUGUAGCUGAAAACAGCAGAGGACGAAACGUUGCCAGAGGGCAACUUAUAUUCCACAAUGUUGAACAUCUACAAUGGGUCCAGACUCUGAAAGACGCCCACAUGGCUAUUGAUGCGAACCUGCAGUGGGAAUGUAAAGCCAUUGGUAAGCCUCGGCCCACCUAUAGAUGGUUAAAGAAUGGUCAGCCACUAAUUACAGAGGGGCGGAUGCAUGUGGAAGCUGGUAAACUGACGAUAUCCAAGAUUAGUCUGUUGGACUCUGGCAUGUAUCAGUGUGUCGCGGAGAAUGAACAAGGAUCCCUCUAUGCCAGUGCUGAGCUCAAGGUUGUCGCCUCCCCGCCUGAUUUCACCCGGCGGCCCGUGAAGAAGUCCACAGUGAUCCAGAGGGGGGGCGAGGUGGUGCUGGAGUGUCGCCCCCACGCUUCCCCCAGGGCCGCAAUCUCCUGGUGGAGAGGGGGUGAGCUCCUGAAGGACGGCAAGAGGCGGACCAUCAUGGAGGACGGGACCCUGCGCAUGGCCAAUAUCUCCAAAUCGGACGAAGGCAGGUACACGUGCGUUGCCAGGAACCUUUUUGGAUCGUCCAGCAGCGCGGGAAUGCUGGUGGUGAAAGAGCCCACCAGGAUCGUAGUUCCACCUUUGAGUUUGGAUGCCACUGUGGGGCAGAGCCUGGUGCUGCCGUGCGAGGUGUCCAGCGAUUCGUCCCUGAGCCCCGUCUUCAAGUGGUUUUUCAACGGCAAAGCCAUUGAUUUCAGCAGGCAGGAGCACUUUGAGAUGAUUGGAGGGGGAUUUGCAGGUGACCUGAUGGUGAGGAACAUUCAGCUGAAGCAUUCUGGGAAGUAUGUGUGCAUGGUGCACACUGAAGUCGACACAGUUUCAGCAGCAGCAGACUUAAUUGUCAGAGGACCCCCCGGAGCUCCGGAGGGCCUGGUGGUAAGCGACAUCACUGACACCACCGUGCAGCUGUCGUGGAGCUCUGGAACUGACAACCACAGCCCCGUCACCAUGUACAUGGUGCAGGCCAGGACUCCCUUCUCCAUCGGCUGGCAGACUGUGAGGACAGUUCCUGAUUCUGUGCCUGGACAGAUGAUGCAUGCAACGGUGAAAGACUUGAACCCCUGGGUGGAUUAUGAAUUCAGGGUGGUGGCAAUCAACAGUGUUGGUGUCGGAGAACCCAGCACGCCGUCAAAACAGAUUCGAACCAAAGCAGCAGUUCCCAAGGUUGCACCAGUUAACGUGAGCGGUGGUGGAGGAACUCGAGGAGAACUUGUUAUUAUGUGGGAGCCGGUUCCAGAGGAACAGCAGAGCGGAGAGGACUUUGGCUAUGUUGUGGCUUUCCGCCCGCUUGGCAGCAGCACCUGGAUCCAGACAGUGCUGGCGUCACCUGAUGCAUCCAGAUAUAUUUACAGAAACGAGAGCGUCGCGCCCCUGUCGCAGUUCGAGGUGACGGUGGGCGUCUACAACAGCGUGGGCGAGGGGCCGUUCAGCCGCGUUGCCAGAGUGUUUUCCGCAGAGGAAGAGCCCUCCGAGGCCCCGUCGAGGGUCUGGGCCCGAGCCGUGUCAGCCUCUGAGAUCGAAGUGUACUGGGAGCCGAUCCCACCCCCGAGGUCCAGCAGCGAGAAGAUCAUCGCAUAUGAGGUUCUCUUCUGGGAGGAAGGAUCUCAGCAGAGCGACGCAGACAUCGUGAGGGUUAUCAACAGCACGGCUUUUCUGUCUGGCUUGAAGGGCAGCACGGUCUAUCUGAUCUCAGUCAGAGCCCAGAACAGCGCUGGACUUGGACCCUGCAGCCCUUCUUUUAAUAUCACCACCAAGAAACCACCUCCAAGUCGGCCUCCGGGGAGUAUCGAGUGGAACCUGACCAACUCUAAGAUCUUUCUAAAUUGGGAACAUGUCAAGGCGAUGGAGAAUGAGUCUGAGGUGACAGGAUACAAGGUUGUGUAUCGCCAGAAUUGGCAUGGCAAGACCACUGUACUGGAAACCAAUAAGACCAGCGCCGAGCUGCAGAUCCCUUCCGGGGAGGACUACCUCAUUGAGAUCAAAGCUCUAACCGAAGGGGGCGAUGGCACCAGCAGCGGUCCCAUCCGCAUACCAAAGAUGUCCAGUCUUAACUCAAAAGGAUUU